UAAGCCUACUAAGGUAAGAAACAGAGGAUAUGACUAUUGCCCUCAAUAAGCUUACUAGUAGUUCUGACCAACCUAUUGUUGUCAAAACCCAAUUCUUCUCAACUUUGUUGUUGCUUGCAUGAAUCUAGUUGUAGUACUAGUAGUAGUAGUACCACUUGGGAAAUGAAUCAUCACCAGGUGGUCCAUGAACUAAUUUUCCUCAUUACAAUUUUAUAUGACAGGAACACCACUAGUUCCCAUCAAUAUUCAAAGAACUACUGUGUAGAGAGCAGAUGAAAUCCUAUCCUCUGUAGCAACACAGCAACAACACAGAAUAAACCAACAACAGUUCAUUUUUAUCUGUCCUGGCAAUGUUUCAGCAUACACUCAAGUUYCUAAUUGCUCUUGUUGCCAUUAUUUUUGACCUUGCCAAAAUCAUCAUCUGUAAUGGUGCUGAAAGCAGGGAAUCCAAAUGUUUUCUGAGCAAAUUCUGAGAAACAACCAUUCUUCUUCCUGGAGUAGAUAUUAUCAAUGUUGUUAUCAACCGAGUACUGGUACACUUCAGUGUCUUUAGUGGAUUCAGGAAUGUAGUAGGUUGCUAGAAUAUUGGCAACACUUUCAUCAGUGAAAACCAUGUGAGUUUACCAAAGUUCAUGAUGCGAUCUUUUGUAAGACUAUGAGAUUUAUCCCAAGAAGGAACAAAUGAUUUUUCUGGUGGAACCUUGUUGCUGCAGGAUUUAGCCAACAGAGAGUAGCAGUCAUCGCGAAAGUUCUUUUCUGUCUCAAUACUGAUAACACCUCCACCUUCAUUGAGUUUUUCAUCUGGCCAACUAAAGAUAGCACAUCUUGAAUACAUAGUUCCAUUUUUUGCUGGAUAACCCAUCUCARGUCUGUUGUAAUCCUCGUUUGAAGUCYGGAGGAAAAGAUAAGUUUGACUAGAUACAUCCCACAUGUCUGGUGCAAAUGGUUUGAAAGUUUUGGACAUGCUGUUACGAAGAAGAGGAGCCAUAAAUCCCCCAUGGUUUGAUGCUUCUUUCUCAAUGAACAAUACCAUCAUUUCACCARAGCCAAUAGCUUCAAUAAAUAAUCUGCUUCUCAAACUGAUUACCAAACUGUCUAGAAAUAUUAUCACAUGACUUUUUGAGUUUCUUCUUUAAUGGAGUGACAACACAAGGAUUAGUAGAAGACUUAGUAUGGUCAACCACAGUAGAAUGAGUUGUGAUUGAAGACUUUUGGACAGGUCUCUUUAAGGUGACAGCCAUUAUGUUAGUAGUAAGGAUUGUAUUCAAUUAUUAAUUGAAUGCUUUUCAAAUCAUGAGAUCAUCAACUGCUCAUCUCCUUUUUCAUUUUGCUUGUUCCCGUAAAUGCUAGUGCUUUGUGGCUAGUGUUGUAUAAAUAUGUGUUGUCUAGUCUUGGGAGCUUUUUUCUUUUCUGAACCUUUCACAAGAUUGAAAAUUUUGCAAGACUGGUUGACAAGAUUGAAAAUUUCACAAGACUGGUUGACAAGAUUGAAAAUUUCACAAGAUUGGUUGACAAGAUUGAAAAUUUCACAAGACCAGUUGACAAGAUUGAAAAUUUUGCAAAACUGGAUUUUAAUCUUGGAUUUUACCAAGAAAAUGCUUUUAGCCAGAUUGUUGCUGCUUUUGUUUUAAAACUUCAUGAAAAAUCUCUACAUUCACCUGAACAAUMAAGAAAAAGAGAUUCCACAGGAAGAUUAAUUGGUAAUUGCUGCAACAGAUACAUUCAAGAUCUCAAGGCAACAAUGAACAACAAAGAUCAGUUCAUCUGUUUUCUAUCAGGAGCUGGUGGUACUGGAAAAUCAAAAGUAAUUCAUUCUGUUUGACAUUAUUGUAAGAUGCUUUGCAAAGAAUUGGGAGUGAACUUUUCCAACAGAACUCUGGCUAUCACAGGCAUGACUGGAACAGCAGCAGUUAAUAUCAAUGGGGAAACAACACAUAAAGCAUACCGUCUCAAUUGUGACAGAUCCAAUGUUACUAUACAGGAUGAUGCGUGGGAAAAUGAGACUUGCCUACUCAUUGUUGACGAAAUAUCAUUUGCUAGCAUCAAACAGUUGGAAACAUUGAAUGUGUAUCUCAACUUGUUAUGUGACAGGCCAUCAUAUCAUUUGUAUGGGAAUCUACCAAUUGUCUUUGCACCAGGUGACUUCAAUCAACUCAAACCUGUGGGAGGAGACUCUCUACUGUCAAAAAAAGAUUUCCAUCUUUGGAGAGAAAAAACCACCACAUUUCUUGAACUUAAAACAAAUCACAGGUUUACAGACAAUCCAAUCUGGGGAGAGCUUCUUGAUGAUUUAAGAACAAAUGGCUUAAAAGAGGAGCACGUUCAAAUCAUCAAUUCAAGAAUUGUAAAACCAUGGGACACACUCCCUGAAGGUAUUGUUGCUUAUGCAACAUGCAGCAAUGCAGACAAAUGUGCAAUAAAUGAUGGCAUAUUUUCUGAGUUUCUCAAAACAACUCAUUCAAAAAAUAUAAAUGAGAGAUUACCAGAUCRCUCCAUUGUUGUAAUCAAGUCAUCAAACCUAAAACUGCAGAUAGACAGAAAAAGAAAAUACAGAGACAUGCCAGAAUUUCAGAAAUACUGCUUGCUGACUGCCACAUCAGAUGCUGACAUUGUUGCAGGUACAAACAAAUCUUCCAAAAGGAUAGAUCAAAUGCUUGAAUUGUAUGUUGGUAGACCUGUCAUGAUCAAUGACAACAUAGAUGUUGAAAARUCAAAAGCAAAUGGAGCCAUGUGUACAUUCAAGUCAGUCAAACUGAAAAAUGGGUACCUCGAUAUUGAUGGAUUUUAUGUUCGAUGUGUAGAUGCUGAGAAAGUUGAAUGGAUGGAGGUAAUCMUUGAAGAAGGAGACUCAAAAAAGUUAUCACUUUAACUCCUCAAGAAUAUGAAUCAAGAAUUACCCAUCAAACUCAAACAAGUCACAAAGGAAUUCGAUUAACUCAAUUUCCAAUCAAUAUUGCUACUAAUGCAAGAACUGUUCACAAAUUACAGGGGAGAUCUUUGGAAAAUGUGUUGGUUUCAACUUGGUCUUACACAAGCAAUUKGAUUUAUGUUGUGCUUUCAAGAGUUACUAGAACUUCCAACGGUCUAUUUGUAAGAACACCUCUUCUACUUACUAGUACUACGAAAAACAACAACAACAAUACCCAGCAUACACAACAAAUAAAUGAUUUCCAUUCCUAUUUCAGAAACAGCAAACAGCCACAGUGCUUUCAUUGAAAACCUUCUACUACAUUCUUUUCAAAACAUAACUCCAACCUUACUAGCAAUAACUUCAUUUUUGCACUGUAGUAAGCUUUUUGCGUAGCGAGCCAAUCAUGAGUCAGGACUCAUAACCCCUGAGACAACGUACGAUACGUACGUAGUGGUGUUAUGAAUUCCCAUGAUUUCGCUGACAACCACACAAAGGAUGGCCAUYAAGUCUUUUCGAUACGAUUGCUGAAAUCGAGCAUGGGAUAUGGAUCGAACGCGACUGAUUCCUCAUGUCUUCCAUCCAUCCCAUCUAAUCCAGGGCUGUCGAACAAAGUAAAUGGCGGCUACCAAAGUGCUUGCGUCGACCACAUGGCUUACUAAAGCUGUUUUUGUCCUAUGCAUUAGUGGUCUCGGGCACCAUGCAUAUUCCUUUAUACUAGUUCCCCGGGGCUCCUCCAAAUUGCAUCAUGGUGCAUAUCUGYGGGGACCGGGAAUAAGUCUGUCUACCGCCUUGCGUUCCUCGCCAGAUGAAAUCAAUGAGAAUAGCAGCAACGGUGAUUUUGCUUUCUUCGACGAGGCUACGAUUUACGUUCGGGCCGGAUCUGGAGGCCAGGGCUCAUCGACCUACAAGAAGGCGAAAAAGGGAGCCAACGGCAUUCCGGACGGCGGCAGCGGCGGCCUUGGCGGCAACGUGGUUCUAAAGCUUGAUCCGAGCCUCAACACCCUAGCCGGGCUUAGCAAGCGCACACUGAGGCCAAAUGCCUUCGGUGGCGGUGGUGCCGCGGCAUCCAGCAAGCGAAUGGGAGACAAGAAGCAAGGCGUUGGCACGAACGUCCAAGCAAACAAUUUUGUGGCCCGGGAGCGCCUUUACAGUUUUCGAGCCGAAGACGGCAAGGCUGGGGGUAGGAUGUACGACAACGGAAAGGGCGGGGAGGACUGCGAAGUUUUGGUUCCCCCGGGAACAGUGGUUCAAUUGGAGGUUGAAACAGAACCAGAAGAACCGCAAGAGGACGGAGAAGCUGCAACCACAACGAUGACCGUUGACAAUGACAAGCAAUACGAGUUGGUGGAAGUUGGAACCGUGUCGUACGAAAAGCCGACACUYGUUGUWGCGAAAGGAGGGARAGGAGGCGAAGGCACCGCAACACUCAAGGGUAAAAAGAAAGGAGCUACUCGCCGCGGUCCAGAGGGAGGAGAACGGUGUCGUCUUCGACUAACGCUAMAGAUUGUGGCCGAUAUUGCCCUCGUUGGUGUUCCAAAUGCUGGAAAAGUAAGUAUGUUUGCUUGGUUUUGAAGUCGUUGAAUGUGUUUGUCUCAAUUGACAAUAUCUUGUGGAGAGACCGUGAAGAUUGAACGCAAGACUUCGUCAUGCUUGGUUUGAUCCAUAUUUCGGGUCACACAAUUCUCUUCUGACCGAUCAACUCCAAUGUACUUGUCUCCAUCCAAAAGUCUACAUUCCUCGCUGCAGUGACCCGCGCGAAACCCCGCAUUGCUGACUACCCGUUUACGACGGUUGUACCGAAUCUAGGUACUUGGAUUCCACCGGAAGACAAAAACGAMAGCAACCACUACAGCAACUUCAACAAAGACGGCACAAAAAAGAAUGAACGGGCAAACCGGGCGGCGGGUUCGAGUGGUUUGGUGCUUUGUGACGUCCCAGGUCUGAUCGCYGGAGCGAGUGAGGGGGUAGGACUCGGUCACGCCUUUUUGCGACACAUCGAGAGGUGCCGGGUAAUCCUUCAUCUGGUGGAUGCCACGAGCGACGAUCCAGUAGGCGAUCUAGCUAUGGUCAACGACGAGUUAAAGCGAUACGGAAGCGGAAGCCUUGCCAGGAAGCCACAGGUGGUCAUCGUCAACAAGAUUGAUGCGGCAUUUACCGGAGAGGAGGAGGAGGAAGAGCUCAUGAACGACAUGAGGGCAGAGCUUGCAAGUCGGAUGAAACUUGAAAUGGGCCAUACGCGGCUCAUGUGGGUGUCAGCAAAAGAAAGGGACGGUGUAGACAAUCUGAUGACUAGAAUGGCUUCCUAUGUUGGUAAGAUGAAAGAAGACGAGGCAGACGAGCAACAAAAAAUCAAAGCGACCGGUGCUACAACUGUAGAAUGACACGUAGAUAUGGAAUAUUGAAUUGCCACUCCUCUGGUUUAUCCAACRUAAAGAUUGCCACAAUUGCGGGUGUAAUUAAUUGGUCAUAUUCAAUAUCACAAUCUGAUUGGAAAUGAGUUGUCGAGAUCACGCUUGUGUCUCCAGAGAAGAAUGGAAGGAAACGUUUUCUCUUCCUAGAUUCGGCUGAGACGGGAACAUCUCGCAUAAUCCAAAACUAAUCCUCUCUCGCCCCAUUUUCUCCACUGAACUGCACUUCUUCGAGCUGUCUUCCAACAGAAAGGUAGGUCUUCCUUUUGUCACGUCUCCUUUCUCCUUCUUCCCGGUUUCGUGUUGGAUACCUUUAGCAUCACCAUUGCUUGUGUGUCCGUUAAUAUCGGGAUACAUUGCAUUUUGAGAUGGGAACGCUGUCAAAGCGUUACUAUUUCUUGCGCUCUAUUUUUGGACGAUCGAAAUUGAGACAUUCUGUGUUGAAUGUGACCACUUGAUUUUGCUAUCAGCGGAGCGAUACAUUUAUAAUUGUUGCUAGUCCUACUUGUACUAACUGUUUCUAUUUUCGAUUUUUGAAUACGAUGAUGGCAUGUUGAUUCAAUAUUGGUUCGGAACGCUUAGUGACAAYAGCGAGCGAAAGCAUUGCCGUCACACUUCAAUGUACGAGAGACUAUGCAUCUGCCAAGCUUCAAUACCUCGGCAUACAAUAAAUCCCUGCUGUUGACUUCUAGCACUAUUGAAUAUUUUGUUGAUGAAAUUAGGUCUUAUUCAUAAUGCAGUUAUGUUUCACAAAAAUUAAAUUAGUCGAAAAAUG